AUGGACGGCCGUCGACGGUGGACCCCCGAGCAGGGGAUUAAACGCCUGUUACGCAGCUCGAUCCAUGGUCCUCGGUCGAGACGAGCGUGCGACAGCUGCCGGGUCCGAAAGUGUGAUCUGAUGAGCCCCUGUUCCAGCUGUGUCGCUGCCCAGCUGGACUGUACCUUUACUGCGCCGGUGCGAAAACGUGGUCCUCGCCCGAGACACUGUGUGCCUUUGAAUGAUACGCCUGCCUCACCCACUGCUUUGGCUCCCUCUCCAGAUAGUCUCUCCAAUUACAGUCAAAAUGAGAGUGCGGUCGAGGAUGUCGUAAUGGGUUCCCCCCGAGAGGAGACCGGCAUGGUGACUAUUACAACAGAACUGCAACACCAGCUCGGUGUGGAAGUAGAUGGCCUGCAACGAAUCCUCCUCCACUGCUCUGCCGUCUUUCUGGACAAGUUAUACCCGCUUGAACCCCUGGUCCAUCCCACUGCGCUACCCCAGACCUGCCGGGAGAUGUACCAGCGACUACGAGAUCCACGCCAGGCGCAUCACCACCGCCAUCUGGUCGAGCUGGCUCAGAUCGCGGCCCUAUGCGCCAAAACCCUCAUUGUGUUACCCCGAGAAGUGACGGAGAGCGAGCCACACUGGGCGGCAGCCUUCUACCAGGCCUCCCGACAGGCGCUGGCCCGUCUAGGAGACCGUGAUCUGGAGCAUCCCACUGUCGAUUCAAUUGUCGCCCGGUACUACCAGUCCGGCUACCUGCACCACCAGGGCAAGGCGAGCACGAGCUGGAUCGUGCUCGGCGAGGCGAUCCGGAUGGCAGACGUCCUGGAUCUCCAUAGGGAGCCGGCGACGCUGGAGCCAGACCCCUGGGCCAGAGAACUGCGUCGGCGCGUGUUCUGGAUCCUGUUCACUGCCGACCGGUCAGCCUCCUGUCUCAUGCGCCGGCCGGCGUCCUUCCGGGUGGACGCCAGCGACGAGAUCAAUACCCUUUUCCCCGAUGAAGAAGCGUUUGACCACCCUGGGACGGGCGUGUCACCUCUUGUCGGCUUCAAUCUGAACACGCGUCUCUGGCGAACGGCAGAUCAACUGCUGCGCGAGAUUCGCUCCCUCCAUCUCCAGCGGCGAGAGACAUCCCUCGACGAAGCUCACAUCCGAGCCCUCUACCUGAGCUUUGAGACAUGUCUGGACUCUGCCCCGAGGGCCCUCCACCCGCCGGCCAUCUUCGAGACCGUGCCGCUCCCGCCGCGGCUCGCCAUUCAAUGUGCAAACCUGCACAUUUCCUUCCAGUGCCUGCGGAUCAAAUGCCUCUAUGCUCUCGAGGCUCUCUAUCGGGACCAUGCCUGUCCGACCUGGAGCCACGCCGCGGUCUGUUUGAAGAAGAUCGAGCUGGCGAGAGAGAUGCUCCAGAUCAUUCGGUGGGUUUCUAUCGACAGUCUGAAGGUCAAUGGAGAGUCCUGUGUCGAAAAACUACGUAUCGCGGGCGCUGCGCUCCUCGAAGUGAUCAACCACGACGAAGACGCCGCGCUGAUCAGCCGCGCCAGAACCCAGCUCGACACCUUCAUCCACAUCCUUGCAGAGUUGAACUCGAAAGCCGUCGACGAGUUGGCGGGGGAAGCGGGGUGA